AUGACUGCCUCCUCCUCCUCCGCGCCCAUGGUCUCGCUCGGCCGCUCGUUCCGCGGUGACAAGUCCUCGGGCCGCAUCGCCGCCCACGAUGCCGGCGAGGUGCCGCUGCAGGCGCACGAGGUACUCAUCGACAUUGUCGCGUCUGGCCUUUGCGGCACGGACCUGCACUACCGCAAGGCCAGCAUCGGCCUGGGCCACGAGGGCGUCGGCGUCGUCAGCCAGGUCGGCGGCGGCGUCGAGAGCUUCAAGAAGGGCGACCGCGUCGGCUGGGGCUACGUGCACGGUGCCGACCUCACCUGCGACAAUUGCAUCCGCGGCGUCGACACGCUCUGCCCAAACCGCAAGCUCUUUGGCGCCAGUAACACCCAGCAGGGCUCGCUGGGCGACCACUAUGUCAUUAACGCCCAGUUCCUCCACCGGAUCCCCGACUCGCUGCUGCUCAAGCACGCCGCGCCGUUGCAGUGCGCCGGCGCCACGGUGCUCAGCGCCAUCGUCAACUCGGGUGCGCAGCCGUGGGACCGCGUCGGCGUCGUCGGCCUCGGCGGCCUUGGCCACCUCGCCCUGCAGUAUCUCGCGAAGAUGGGGUGCGACGUCGUGGCGUUCAGCGGCUCGGACUCGAAGCGCGACGAGGCACUGCGUCUCGGCGCUAAGGAGUUCGUCGCUGCCAAGGACGGAGGCCUCGAGAAGCUCGCCAAGCCCGUCAAGUAUCUCUUCGUCUCGACGUCGGUGCAGCCAGACUGGGACGCGUACACCAGCGAGAAGGUCAUGGCCAGCCGCGGCACCGUCGUGCCUCUUUCCGUCUCGCCUGAGCCGUUCAGGCUGAAGUCGUACCAGAGCAUCAUCUCGCGCGAGCUGCGCAUCAUGGGCAGCGUCGUUGCCAGCCGGCCGCUGCACCGGCAGAUGAUCGAGUUCUCGGCGCGCCACGGCAUCCAGCCCAUCAUCGAGGAGCUGCCGAUGACGGAGGAGGGUGUCAACGAGGCGGCGGACCGCCUCGAGAAGGGCGACGUGCGCUACCGCUUCGUGCUUAUCAACGAGAAGCACGCUGACCCGCUGGACAAGUCGAGCAAGUAA